AUGAAGUCCAGUUUCUUAAUACUCUGCUGCGUGUUAAUGCUGUCAUCUGGAUCAUCUGCAGUCAUUACUGGGGCCUGUGAACGGGACUCUCAGUGCGGCGGGGCCAUGUGCUGUGCGGUCAGUCUGUGGAUAAGGAGCCUGAGGAUGUGCACACCUAUGGGACAGGAGGGGGAGGAAUGCCAUCCAAUGAGCCAUAAGGUCCCGUUCUUUGGAAAAAGACUUCAUCACACGUGUCCAUGUCUGCCAAACCUGGCCUGUAUCGCCACGGGAGAGGGCAAAUACAAGUGUCUGUCCCCAUAUAAAUUCCAGGAUUAUUAUCUCUGA